GAUCGCCACAGCUAAAAAUGGCAGAGAGCAAAGAAAACAGCACUCCUGCUAUAGUGAUGUUCCCAUUCAUGGCAAAAGGCCACAUUAUCCCCUUCCUAGCUCUAUCCCUCCAAAUAGAACAAAGAGGCUUCGACAUAAUCUUCGUCAACACCCCGCUCAACAUCAAGAAACUCCGCCAGUCCAUCCCGCCCUCCUCCGCCAUCCGCCUCCGCGAAAUCUCCUACGACAGCUCCGGCCACCCCGGCCUCCCUCCCGCCAUCGAGAACACCGACGUCCUCCCGCCGCACCUCAUCUUCCCCUUCAUCGAAUCCUCCCUCUCCCUCAAGCCCGCCUUCCGCCACCUUGUAUCCGACCUCGUCCGCGGCGGCUCUCCCCCUCUCGCCGUCGUGGCUGACAUGUUCUUCGGGUGGUCGGCCGAGAUAGCCCGCGAGUUUGGCGUAUUCCACGCCAUCUUCAGCAGUGCGGGUGGGUUCGGCAUGGGGUGCUACUGCUCCCUGUGGCUGAACAUGCCUCACCGGAAAACCAACUCGCCGGAGUUCUUCUUGCCGGAUUUUCAAGAAGCCGGCCUGAUCCACCUGACCCAGCUGGCACCGAGCAUUUCUGCCGCGGACGGCAGCGAUACUGAUACGAAAUCGGUUUUCAUGAGGAAAAACAUUUUGGAAUGGUCGGAUUCUGAUGGGGUUUUAUUCAACUCAGUUGAAGAGCUGGACAAGAUCGGAUUGGAUUAUUUCCGGAGGAUAACAGGCCGGAAUGUUUGGCCGGUGGGCCCGAUAUUUCUCACCGGAGAUAACCGUAAAAGUUCCCGGAUUUCUCCCGAGAAGUGCACCGAAUGGCUCGACACAAAACCAACAAAUUCAGUCCUGUUCGUAUCUUUUGGAUCGAACAAUACCAUCUCAGCCUCUCAAAUGAUGCAACUGGGUAGAGCAUUAGAACGAGCUACAAAUAGCUAUUUCAUAUGGGUUGUCCGGCCGCCGUUGGGGUUCGACAUAACGGCCGAGUUCAAGGCGGAGGAGUGGUUGCCGGAGGGGUUUAUGCAGAGAGUCGUCGAAGCUCAGAACAGGGGACUGGUUGUGGUGCAAUGGGCCCCACAAGUGGAGAUUCUGUUACAUGAAUCUGUUGGGGCUUUUCUAACCCACUGCGGGUGGAACUCGGUGCUGGAAUCGCUCAGCCACGGGGUGCCGCUGAUCGGGUGGCCGAUUGCGGCGGAGCAGUUUUUCAAUGCCAAGCUUUUGGAAGAGGAGGUUGGGGUUUGCGUGGAGGUGGCUAGAGGGGUUGGUUUUGAGGUGAGGUGUGAGGAUUUGGUGGAGAAGAUUGAGAUGGUGAUGGGGGAGAGUGAGAAAGGGAAGGAAAUGAGGAGGAAAGCUGGUGAGGUGAAGAAGAUGAUUGAGGAUGCUGUUAGGGAUGAUGGAGGUUUCAAGGGGUCUUCUGUGGUAGCCAUAGAUGAGUUUCUUAAUGCUGCUUUGUUGAAGAAGGAAAAGAGGGAAGCGAAAAUCUUACGGAAAUAAUAUUGACACUCUAUAAAUUGAUGCAGACACUUCAAAAUCAGUGUAACUUUAAAGCCACUUUUCUUUAUUUUUUGGAGUGUCUGCAUUAAUUUGUAGAGUGCCAAUAUUAUUUUCCAAAUCUUAUUUACGGAGCAUCCGUAAACAAGUGUUCACAACACUACUCAAUCGCGACCGUUUAAAAGUGUUUUGGAUGAUCUGGAUGUUAAUGAAACUUUUCUGAAAAAGAGUUAAACUUUUUUCAGAAAAGUUUAAUUAAAAUCUGGACCAUUCAGAACACUUUCGGACGGUCGCGAUUGAUUGCAGUUGUUUGCAGCUGCUUCGUAAAUAAGUAUUUCUCAAGAUGGAAAUCAGUAUGUUGCGAUUCUUGGGCAAAAAUAGGUUAGUUGUUGGUUUGCUAGUAGUUGUAUUUGUUGUGCAACUUCUUUGAAAAUCGGUUUUUUAGGCCAAUGCUAAUACCACAUGCAUUUUUGGUGUGUUUUUCUGGUCCAGCAGUUGAACUGGUGAUUCGAGCAGUUUGAGGCGGUUUCAUGUGCCUAACGGCUCUAGAGCGGUGAUAGAUCCGUAUACGGAUCGGUCUAUGAUUCAAUUACUCUUUUUCGAUUCUAAAAUAAUGUCGCAGAUGAA